AUGGAUGACCAAAGGUGCUCUUUACCCCAAAUUCUAAGCACAAAGACAGAGUCUACAGCAAAAAAGGAUCAUUCUGCCUCUGGUCUCGGCCCUCCACGUUCAUCGUCUUUCAGCCCCAGCUCAGACAUAGAACGACCAAAGAGUAAAGAUAAAGCAUCUCCAAAACAGGUCUUGACUGCAGCUAAUCAGGAAGAUUUCUUGUCCUUGAUGAGUCAUUCCCAGCGUGGACGAAUGGAUGAACAGCGAUGUGUCUUAACUGUUAGUCCCCAGUCCACACCCAAACACAAGCCCACUGAGAGCACCGUGCCCAAAGGUCCAGAUUCUGAAAAGUUCUUCAGCCUUCUGGCCAACUCUCAGGGCAGACGGCUUGAUGACCAGCGGGUGUCUCUUCCCACAUUGCCAGGGAUACAGAAUGGAGGGACCACAUCAAAAUCUUCUGCUACAGAGAUGGAUGCAAGCUACUUAUGUUACAUGGUCUCCAAAGUCCAGGGCUCAAGGAUGGAUGAACAGAGGUGUUCUGCACCCCAGAUUUUCCAGAAUCUGGGUACCCCAUCUACUCAGCGCAAAGAUCAGCCCAUUUCAGACGCAUCUAAUAAAUCUCCCCAGAAGUCUACCGCCUUAAACCGCACCAAACCUGACCAACAUCAGCAGGAGGCAUCUCCAGCUGAACAGCAGCAGUUCCUUAAAAUGAUAAGUCAUGCACAAAGUGGACGUAUGGAUGAGCAACGUUGCUCUUUACAACCCAGCAGAAGCACACCUGUUACACCCACACACAAUGGAAGCGCUUUAAACAAUGUACCCACAGGUGCAGAUGCUGACGCAUUCUUCAAAAUCAUUUCCUCCAGUCAGGCACGACGGCUCGACGAUCAGCGUGUUGCACUCCCUACCCUGCCAGGGAUAAGUGGGAAUACAGAAAGAAAAGAGAAUGGUAGAAAUAGAAAGGCUGAAAGCCCUGCUUCUCCACCACACAUCACUGUGGCUGAAAGCACACCAACAACAGCAAGGAAAGACGGGAAAGCUUACGCAGAAUGUGGCUCCCCCAGAGCCAUCCCCAAAUCUGCUUCAUUCACCCCGGAGACUGAAUAUCAGAAGAAGCAAAAUGCCCCAGCACAGAUGACAGUGAGAGUGUCCAUGAGCUUCACACCACAGCAGGGACAGAAGAAUAUCAACCAACCAUGUGGAUUCCCAGAAGUCUUUCUCACUCUUGGAGCCCCUGGAGAUAACCUUGUGAUUCCUCUGAGCCCAGCACCGGGCAGACCUUUGUCCUUCAACUUAAACCUUGUACCCAAAGAAGACGUUAAGUCCAGGCACUGCUCUCCAAGCCACACAAGUCCGAGAAAGGCCCACUCAAGGCCAUCAUCUCCCAACCCAGGAGCAACCGGUGAAGCACAUGCUGAAACAUCAUGGUCACUUGAUCAGGGGAAGUUUGUGAGCAGCCAUAUCAGUCCAGAUGAUGACUGCUUCUCUCUGAUUGAGAAGGUUCACACAGCCCAGCUGCAGAAGGGGAUGGCUCAAGGAGGACAAAAAUGUAAAGGGGAGCAAGGAAAGGGAAAGGGGGGUGGAAAGAAAGACAGGAAGGAUGGUGGCAGUAGACAAUAG